CUUGCUGUAGAAGCUCUCCCUGAACCUCAGUGUUAACUCUGGCAGAAGGUCCACUCUUCACUUGUUACUUGAAGCUACUGGAACACAUCAGAAGCCUGGUCAGGGCUGCUGAAAAAUUCCUUAACACUUCGCAUUUGUAAUUACUUUCUUCAUCUUCCGUGAAUACAUUAAUCUGAGGUGGAAUUAACAUUAAAAUGGACUCUACUUCUCAUGAGUUGCCUGUGAGGACUCUGGAGCACAUUGCCUCUACGCUUGGAUGCAAUCUGACCGAUGAGAAGCUUGCUUUGUACCUGGAUGAACAGGAUGAGCUAAAGCACUUCCAAGAAUGUUUCCAUAUUCCAAAAAUGAAGGAUCUACCUUUAAUUGAUCUGUCUUUAGUAAACAAAGAUGAAAAGUCCAUCUACUUAUUGGGAAAUUCUCUGGGCCUUCAACCGAAAAAGGUUAAAACAUAUCUGGAAGAAGAAAUGGAAAAAUGGGCCAAAAUGGGAAGUUAUGGUCAUGAAGUAGGAAAACGUCCUUGGAUUACAGGAGAUGAGUGCAUUGUGCACCUUAUGAAUAACAUUGUAGGCUCUCACAAGGAUGAAAUAGCCCUAAUGAAUGGCCUGACAGUUAAUUUGCAUCUCCUACUGUUAUCAUUUUUUAAACCUACACCAACACGAUUUAAAAUUCUUCUGGAAGCCAAAGCUUUUCCCUCUGAUCAUUAUGCAAUUGAGUCACAACUGCAGCUUCGUGGGCUAGAUAUUGAAAAAAGCAUGCUGAUGAUAAAACCAAGACAGGGAGAGGACACCUUAAGAAUGGAAGAUAUCCUUGAGGUAAUUGACAAGGAAGGAGACUCUGUUGCUGUGAUCUUGUUCAGUGGAGUGCAGUUCUACACUGGGCAACUGUUUGACAUACCUGCCAUCACAAAAGCUGGACAAGCAAAGGGUUGUUUUGUUGGCUUCGAUCUGGCCCAUGCAGUUGGUAAUGUUGAGCUUCAUCUACAUGACUGGGGAGUAGAUUUUGCCUGCUGGUGUUCCUACAAGUAUUUAAAUUCAGGAGCAGGAGCCCUUGCUGGUGCCUUCAUUCAUGAAAAGCAUGCACAUACUAUGAAACCUGCGUUAACAGGCUGGUUUGGUCACAAACUUGAGAGUAGAUUUGACAUGGAUAACAAGCUGGACUUGAUCCCAGGUGUCAAUGGAUAUCGACUAUCAAAUCCCCCUAUUUUGUUGGUUUGUGCCUUAGAAGCUGGUUUAGAGAUCUUUAGUCAAACAAGUAUGAAAACACUAAGGAAGAAAUCUAUUUUGCUUACUGGUUAUAUGGAGUACCUGAUCAAGCAUUACUACAGUAAAGAUAAAGCAGCUCCAAGUAAGCCAUUUGUCCAAAUAAUGACUCCUUCACAUAUAGAGCAUCGAGGAUGCCAGCUAACACUCACCUUUUCCAUUCCGAUGAAAAAUGUUUUCCAAGAACUAGAAAAGAGAGGUGUGAUCUGUGACACACGGGAACCAAGUGGCAUUCGAGUGGCUCCAGUUCCUCUCUACAAUUCUUUCCAUGAUGUUUACAGAUUUAUUAGUGUUCUUGCCUCUGCAAUUUCUGCUGCAAAUCUAAAAUGAACAAAUCUAUUUUUAGCUCAACAAGCCUAAUUAUAUUAGUGUCUCUGCUGUCACUUUCUGGCUACUUCUGAUUCUAGCAACGUAGUCCUUUAGAAGUGAUGGUGUUAAAUAAAGCCAAUUAUAUGGAAAAGAAAAAAAA